GCGGGUUUUGGUAACCGCCUCCUCUCCACUUGGAAGGGAGACGGGAGGAAGAGCUUCGCUCGGAUCAAAGACAGCAUAGCCCUGUCGCCGUAGGAUGUACUGAGCGCGUUGCCUGCCUUACUUACGGACGAUUGUAAAAUCUGGAUUACUAUAAAUCGGAUGGUUUUCCAUUGUAACCCGAUGCAGAGAAAUGGGUAAACUUCAUUCGAAACAUGCUGCAAUUUGUAAACCAAGGGAGAGCCCGGAAGGUGACAGUUUCGUAGUUAAUGCCUGUUUAGCAAGAAAGGGAAUCGACGAUUGGAUCGUUAAACAGAAGUACUACUGCACGGGCUCAAGACUUGAACAAGACUGUCACCAUAAAAGUACCUGCGGGCUCUCUGGUCGGAAUCCCCUGGAUGAAGCCUGUGCCGAAGGGAUCAGCGAUGAACACUACCGCUUAGAAGUGGCCUUGCCUCCCGAGAAGCGGGACAGCUCCUGUGUGGAGGAGAAGAUGCAGGAGCGAGAGCUGCAGCCGCCCGCUGGCACCCAGAAGCAGCUCCAGUUUGAAGAGCUGGAGUGUGCUGUGUCGGUGGAGGAGGACAACAGACAGGAGUGGACCUUCACCCUCUAUGACUUUGACAACAACGGCAAGGUCACCAGAGAGGACAUCACCAGCCUCCUGCAUACCAUCUAUGAGGUGGUGGACGCCUCGGUCAACCAUUCCCCCAACAGCAGCAAGACGCUCCGGGUCAAGCUCUCAGUUGCACCCGACUCUACCCAGAAGUGGAGGAGCUGCACGCAAGCCACCACAGACGCUCCCCACCCGAGACACAAGACAGACAAGUGCAUUGAAGAGCCCAAAAGUGCAGACAAGAAGUCCCGUGCCCUUCUCAGGCGUCACCAUAGCGACCAUCACAACCAACAGGGCUGUCAGCGCCACUGUGUCGACGAGAACCUGGAACGGCGAAACCACUACCUGGACCUGGCCGGGAUCGAGAACUACACGUCCCGCUUCGGAACAGGUCCGGCGACGACGGAGCCAGCCAAGGCCGAGGCAGCAGUGGCGGUGGUGGCAGCGGCGGUGUCAGCAUCGCGGACCACAAACCAGACGCGGUCGCGCUCCCACGAGCCGGAGAACGGCCACGCCCACCCGCAUCACCGGCGCUCCCAGGCGGCGCCCGCGGAGGCCACGCUGGCCGCCGACGCCCUCUGCUCGCGGCCGCCUCGGGCCCACGACUCGUCCGGAAAGCACGCGCUGCGCUCGCCCAAGACCCACAGCCGGACGCCCCCCGCCCAGGUCUCCUCCUCGGGGAGGGUGAUGCGGAGCCGAGGGGCCCCACCGCCGGCGGCAGCGCUGCCCAGCCAGACCCCGCAGCACCAGUCCUCGGGCCCCUACCGCAGGCACAAGCAGCGGGUCAAGGACGGCCAGUCACAGCAGCCACAGCAUCAGCAGCAGCAGCAUCAGCAGCAGUACCGGCCGCUGGGGUCCCUGGGGGCCCCAGGCCCCGUGGUGGAGAGGGAGCAGGUGCGGGACCUGCCCAGCGUGGUGCUCUACGAGGGCGGCCUGGCGCAGGUGGUGCAACGGCACGAGCACCACCACCACCACGAACACCACCACCACUACCACCACUUCUACCAGUCCUGAGUCUCCACCUAGAGCCUCCUUAGGAGGAGGUAUCCCUCCAAACAUCCCCCACACCAGCUCCCACGCCGCCAAAUUCAGGACUGAGAACGUGGACCUUGGAGAGCCCUGCCUCUGUGUGUGUUAUGGAGAUGGAGAACUGAAGGAAAGAGAAGCUGGGGCCGAUACAGGCCCAGAGGUUGCGUCAAGGAUGAGGGCUACUUGGGGGUUUAUUUUCAGUGGGGUGGGGUGGGGGGGAGGUGAGAUUGGCAAGGCCCAGAGACUCGGGGGUGCUGCAGGUUAAGAGUGUUGGUCUUCAGUCGUGUCAGGAGCAAGUCCAGCAGAGACUCCCGAGACGAGCAAGACGAUGCUGAGGAGUGACGGGAAGGGUGCUUCCCCCCACCGGCCCUGAGAACACUGCCUUUGUUUCCCAACCCUGUGUGAAGCCAUGUCCCUAGCAGAGGCGCCAUGGAGAUGGACCUUCUGCUAAAGAACUCAACAAAUUAUUAUGAAGGAAAAAAACGUAUGAAGAUGAAUGAAAUUGAACGUGUAUGUGCGCAUGUAUGAAUGUAUGAAUGUGUGUGUGUGUGUGUGUGUGUGUGUGUGUGUGUGUGUGUGUGUGUGUGUGUGUGUGUGUGUGUGUGUGUAUAAGGAGUGAAUCCUGUGUGUUUAUAAACCCACUAAGCUAUAUGCUGUGGCGCCCCUGUCACCACUGAAGACCACUUGAAAAGCACUUCCAUGGUGCAAUUGCAUUGGAGACACUUUAGUUGUCAAGAGCUAGUUGAUGGACAGGACAUCAUUCACUCGCACAUGCAAUACAGGACAUGUCUUUUGAGGGAAACGAAAGGAAACCGCUGACAUCCGUAAGUCAUAAUAGGAUAUCCUAAUCAGCUGCUACCUCUAGUAUUAUUGUAAUUGUUGGUAUUAAAUUUAUUGUUACUAUACAGAUGUUUUCAGAUCUUUUUUUAAGUAUUCCACCUGUCUGCAGUUAAGUCGUGUUUAAAACCUCACUCAUAAUCUCUACAUAUUUGUAUGUUCUUGUUAAACAGUAGGUAAACUGUAUGUCCACAUGUAAGCUUUAUUGAUGUGAUAUAUUUUUAUCCAUACUCUGAAGCAUCACUAUGUUUUUAUUAAUGUUGUUUUAUGGUUCCUCCUCCCAAGCCCAGUUCUUCACUGUAAAACAUGUAUUUCUUUAAGACCACUAUGUUAGAGAACAGUGUUGUGUUCAGUUUGGAGUAGGUCACUGUUCUCCACGGAGUGGCUGUGCACAGGAAAGCUGGACGAUAAUGGUGUCUGUUUGUCUUCCUUAGUGCUUCAGAGUGUUCAACAAAAAUGUGCUUGUAUCCAUCCAGUUCUGUUCUAAAAAAAAAUGGCUACCCAUCAUCACUCCCCCCCAUGUAAUAUUGUAGUGCCUUUCAUCCCAUGUAAAGUUAGAGGGCUGCCUCGUGGCAAAAUGUGUUCAUUUUCAUCUUUUGGCAAGCUCACCCUUUCACGUUAAGUUGGACCUGAUUAAAAACCCGGCUGAAACUACACCAAAGUCGUAACUUGGAUGUGGCUACUGGCUAGUGCAAGCUGUGUCUGUGAGAAUCAUCCCCCUGUCUGGGGUUGUGUGCUAGGCUAGGCCUGUGCCAGUGCGGCACCCUUUUCCUCCAGGUGUGUAUGGCUCUUCUCUCAGCAGCCAGAGGCAGGUGUCCUGGGAGAGAGUGCUUGCUGGCGUAGAGCCAGGGGUGUUUAUGGUGGACCAGCCCCCAGCUGUCUCAUUCCACUGGGCCGGGCUGCAGGGCUCCAUCGGGCCCAUAACUCAACAUGCAUGAAGGCUUCCUGCUCUUCUAAUGAGAUCUGCUGAGCCACCGUGCAUGUGCGUGUGUGUGUGUGUGUGUGUCUGUAUGUGUUUGUGUAUGUUAGUGUCUGUGUGUGUGUGUGUGCGUGUGUGUGUGUGUGUGUGUGUGUGUGUGUGUGUGUGUGUUAGUGUGUGUGUGUGUGUGUGUGUGUCUGUCUGUCUGUAUGCGUAUGUGGGCCAUCAACUCCAUGCCUGGUUUGUCACACCCAAUUGAAGCAAGCCUGGCGGCCUAAGGUCCAGUGGAAUGGGGUGUGUUGGGGUAAGGGGAGCAGUGUGGUUGUCGGUGGUUGUAAAAAGGGGAACGCGAGGAGAAAUAGUGUUGGACUGAAAACACUGCCCAUGUUCUUGGGUCUGUCAACAGGUUGGGAGGAUUGCGAGUCCAGCUGUGUGAAAAUUCAAAGCCAAGUGUCUUAAAAGUUCUCACUGUGUGGUCCGCUCCCUCUGUGCCGUUCCGUUGGGGGAGAGCUGGAGCCCAUCGGUGCUGCUCUCUUUACCUCGGCCAACAGGAAUCGGCUGCACACCAGGCCUCUUCUGAGAGCCACACACACACAGACUCACACUCACUCACACACACACACACACACACAAACAGACUCACACUCACACUCACUCAC